GCUGGUUUCGUUUUGGGCUUGCUUAUCGAAGUGCAUUGAGUUGAGGAAUUUUUCAUUUGGUUUGUUUCACGAGCAAGCUCAUUUUCGCCGAGAUCGUUGAAAUCAUCCAGCGAAAAUGGCCAGCGUUUCGUACCAGAUCUCAAAUCUGCUGGAAAAGGUGAGCAGCUAUAUGAUGUCCAAUGACAAGGACUUCAGGUUCAUGGCCACCAACGACCUCAUGACGGAGCUACAGAAGGACAGCAUAAAAUUGGACGAUGAUUCGGAGAGGAAGGUGGUUAAGAUGCUGCUCCGCCUUCUAGAAGACAAGAAUGGCGAAGUGCAGAACCUCGCGGUCAAAUGUUUGGGCCCACUGGUAAACAAAGUGAAAGAGUACCAGGUGGAAACAAUUGUAGACGCCCUCUGCACCAACAUGGUUUCGGAGAAGGAGCAGCUUAGGGACAUUUCCAGCAUUGGCCUAAAAACAGUCAUUAGCGAGCUGCCGUUGGCCUCAAGUCAGCUGGCAGGAAAUGUUUGCAAAAGAAUUACAGGAAGACUUAGUGCCGCCAUUGCCAAACAAGAGGACGUGUCGGUUCAGCUGGAGGCGUUAGACAUUUUAGCAGAUCUUCUCUCCAGGUUUGGAACUCUGAUAGUCAGUUUCCACGCCACUAUUCUGGACAACUUGCUUCCCCAGCUGGCUUCGCCGCGACAAGCUGUCCGAAAGAGAACAAUCGUCGCGCUUGGCCUUCUUGUCAUGUCCUGCCACCCGUCCUUGUAUACAAAACUGAUGUUGGUGAUGCAGGAGGAACUAGACAAAAACUCGUCCAUCAGCACCACUAGAACGUACAUCCAGUGCGUGGCGGCCAUCUGCCGCCAGGCUGGUCACAGAUUCGGAGAAUACGUCGAACAAAUGGUCCCGCUGAUCGCAAAGUACAGCAGAGAGGACGAUGACGAACUGAGAGAGUUUUGCAUGCAGGCGUUUGAAGCGUUUGUCCAGCGCUGUCCCAAGGAAAUCAGCCCUCACAUUCCUUUGAUCGUGAAUUUGUGUCUCGAGUACAUCACUUACGAUCCAAACUACAACUACGAGGAGGAGCCUUUGGACGACGACAACGCCAUGGAGACUGAGGAUGAGGACGGCGGCGACGAGGACGGUGACGAGGAGUACUCAGACGACGACGAUAUGAGCUGGAAGGUGCGUCGUGCCGCUGCCAAGUGCUUGGAGGCGGUGAUCAGCACAAAGCGGGAAUUGCUGCCCGAACUGUAUGGAACUGUGUCGCCCGCGCUCAUCAGCAGAUUCAAGGAGAGAGAAGAAAACGUCAAGUCUGACAUUUUCCACGCGUACAUGGCUCUGCUGAGGCAGACGCGUCGAAUCCAAAGUGUUGCGGUUGAGCCAGACAGCAUGGACGCGGAGGACGGCCCUGUGAUCAUGCUGCAAAAUCAGGUCCCAACCAUUGUCAAAGCGGUCCACAAGCAAAUGAGAGAGAAAAGCAUUAAGACCCGUCAGGACUGCUUAACUUUGCUCAGAGAAAUGGUGAUUGUCCUGCCAGGAUGCCUCGCCUCGCACAUCCCAGCAUUGGUGCCAGGCAUCCUCUACUCUUUGGGGGACAAAAACUCGAGCAGCAAUAUGAAGAUCGACACCCUGUCGUUCAUCAGCUCACUGGUAUCCUCGCAUGAACCCACCGUUUUCCACCCGCACAUUCCUGCCCUUCUGCCGCCAGUGAUUGCCGCCGUGCGAGACGGCUUUUACAAAAUCACUGCCGAGGCGCUGCUCGUUUUGCAGCAGCUUGUUCAGGUCAUCCGGCCUGUCGACCGGCCUUGCAACUUUGACUUCAAGCCGUUCACGACGGACCUUUACGAGUGCACCCUUCACCGGCUGCGCGCCGCCGACAUCGACCAGGAGGUCAAGGAGCGGGCUAUUUCGUGCAUGGGCCAGAUCAUCUGCAACUUGGGCGACUACCUGCAGGAUGAGCUGCCUAAGUGCUUGCCCAUUUUCUUGGAGAGACUGCGCAAUGAAAUUACCAGACUGACUACCGUCAAGGCUCUUACCAAAGUGGCCGGGUCGCCGUUGCACAUCAACCUGGAGCCAGUGUUGCUGGGCGCAAUGCAAAUUCUUGGAUCGUUCCUGCGCAAGAACCAGCGAGCCCUGAAGCUGGCAACCCUGACCCUGCUGGACGUGCUGGUGCGCAGCUACCACAAGGUGAUGGACCAAAGCCAGUUGACCACCGUGAUCGUCGAGCUGCCGGCGUUGCUGAGCGAAACCGACCUGCACAUCGCCCAGCUGACCCUGACCCUGCUCACUUCCGUGGCUCAGACCCUGCCUAUGGCCGUCGGCAACAUCGGAGGCGAAAUUCUGCCUGAAAUCCUGGUGCUCGUCAAGUCUCCUCUGCUGCAAGGCGCCGCCCUCGUCUCCAUGCUCGACUUCUUCCAGGCCUUGGUUCAGGCUAACCUGCCAGGUCUGAGCUUUGCUGAACUGGUCAAGCUGCUCAGGCAGCCCGUCGUCGUUGAGCACUCGGCUGCCUCCCUUCACAAACAGGCGCUUCACUCUCUGGCCAAGUGCGUCGCUGCCAUCGCUCUGAUCGUACCUGGAGAGGCCCUGAACGUGCCCUCGCAGCUGGCCGCCUCAAAACUGGGAAGUACAAACCAGGAGAGGAUUUUCAACAUGUACACUAUUGGAGAGAUUGGAAGGCACAAGGAUCUGAGCGGCAUUGCGCAAGUGUCGGAGGUUCUGCUUGCGUCGUUUUCAUCAGCGGCCGAAGAGGUCAAGUCUGUUGCCGCCUACUCGCUGGGCAGCGUGGCGUCUGGCAAUUUGAACCACUACCUUGGCACCAUCAUGAGCGAAAUGAAGGCUAAGCCGAAGAAGGAGUACCUGCUGUUGCACUCACUCAAGGAGAUGAUCAGUUACCAGGCGAGCACGGCCGCCGGGCGACAGGCCCUGCAGCCGCACGUGCCGGCCAUCUGGCAGUACCUCUACGAGUACAGAGAGUGCGCCGAGGAGGGCACCAGGAACGUGGUUGCCGAGUGUCUCGGCAAGUUGACGCUCAUCGACCCCGACACACUUAUGCCCCACCUUAGGGACUCUCUCAACUCAGAAUCUGCGCACAUGCGUACCAUCGCGGUCACAGCCAUCAAAUUCACCAUUUCUGAUCAGCCUCAAGCCAUUGACCCUCUUUUGCGUCAGCACAUUGGUCAAUUUUUGGCCGCUCUCAAGGACCGAGACCCAAACGUGAGACGAGUUGCCUUGGUUGCUUUUAACUCGGCCGCCCACAACAAGCCUUCUCUCGUCCGAGAUCUGCUUGAUGAAAUCCUCCCACAACUGUAUGAAGAAACCAAAGUCAAGAGAGAGCUGAUCCGCGAGGUGGAAAUGGGCCCUUUCAAGCACACGGUGGACGACGGCCUGGACAUCCGCAAAGCUGCCUUCGAGUGCAUGUACACGCUGCUGGACUCGUGUAUGGACCGGUUGGACGUGUUCGCCUUCCUGGACCACGUGCAGAACGGUCUCCGCGACCACUACGAUAUCAAAAUGCUAACCUACCUUAUGGUCUCGAGGCUGUCGCAGCUCUUUCCGUCUGCCGUUCUGCAGCGACUGGUGCUUUUGGUCGAGCCUCUGAAGAAAACGUGCACCACCAAAGUAAAGGCCAACUCGGUGAAGCAGGAGUUUGAGAAGCAGGACGAGCUCAAGAGGUCUGCCAUGAGGGCCGUGUCGGCUCUCUUAGCCAUUCCCUCUGCAGACAAAAACCCUGCCAUGGCCGAGUUUGUGACAAUUAUCAAAUCUACGCCCGAACUGCAAAUUAUUUUCGAAUCGAUCCAAAAGGAUUCAUCGUUGGCUGCUGGUGGCCAGGACUCGCCGACCAUGAUGGAUCUGAGCUGAAGAGCCCGUGAAUGUAUUUGAUCAGACUCUGUGCUUCAAGGCAAGUACCACCAACCUGCCAGCCACUGUAUUUCUUUUUGUUUUUGUUUUUUUAAACCGACUGCUCCUCCGUGAACGGUGGAAUCGAAAAAUGAAAGGCGAUUUCAAAUGAGAACUUGUUUAAUACACCAUUUCAAUAAAUACUUAGUGUAUAAUCGAUUACUAUUAAGUAACACAUCUUGUAGCACAGUUGGAGAAAAUACAAAAUAAAAACAA